AUGGCUUGGAACUGUGGUUAUAUCUUUCUUGCGGGUGCUUUAGCAACACUUAUGACUGCUGCAUACACAAUGGCGCAAUAUAUCAUUUCACAAGGCGCCACCAUUGGAGUUUACGUGGCAAUCCUUCUCUUUGCUGUAGCGUAUUGUUACCAAGGCAUACGUUUCAGUGGAUAUCUUAAUGUGUUCACAAUAUACUGGGUGCUGAUUGGCACAGUCGUUGUUAUAAUCGUCCUCCUUGUAAUGGCACCUUCACAUCCACCGGCUGAUUGGGUAUUUACCUCGCUGCAUGAUCUUACAGGAUACAAUAGUCCUGGGCUUGCUUUUUUGUUAGGUCUCUUGCAGGCAGGAUGGGUUUUGAUCGCUGAAGGAAGCAAGAACGCUGACCGGACUGGACCCCGUGGCAUUAUCAUAGGCGUUAUUGGGGCCAUUGUACAGGCUCUUGUUGUAAGCGUAGUGGUGCUAUUUUGCAUCCAAGAUAUGGAUGCAUUGUUGGAUUCUCCGUUUCCAGUUGCUACACUGUUUGUUCAAGCAACGAAUGGACCUGUCGCUGCCUUUUUGAUGAUUAUCCUCGCCGUCAGCCAGUUCGCUGCAGUUGCUAAUAAUAUGGUUGCCGCAUCACAGAUGCUUUGGGCUAUGGCAAGAGAUCAUGCUGUGCCUCAACAUGAAUUCUGGUACAAGCUUCAUGGAAAAAGCGAAUCUCCGUUGCGCAUUCUCCUUUUGGAGACUCUGGUUUGUAUUAUUGCAAUCAUGCCGUCUUUUGGCAGCCCUGAUUAUUGGUCGGCCAUUAUGAGUACUGCCGUGAUUUGCAUAAAUUUUGCAUACGGUUUUCCGUUCAUGUGCCGCCUGAUUUGGAAACGCCAUCCACUUCCGCGCGGCCCUUUCAACCUGGGUAAAUAUAGCAUACCUGUAAACUGCGUAGCCAUUUCCUGGGUUUUGUUUUUUGGUGUGAUUUUGUGUAUUCCAUCUACACACCCCGUCAGUGUAAAGUCUAUGAACUGGGCAAGCGUAAUGAUUGGCGGAACAUUAAUCUUGUCAACAAUAUUCUGGAUUAUCACUGGACGCAAAAAUUAUAAGGGACCUAUGCAGGGAGAAGAGAUCAGUAGCAUGACCGAGCAAUAA